AUGGGGCAUGGUUGCCAGCCCCAGGCACAACCUCCUCCUGUCGUAGCCGGGCUUGGAACCGUCCACGGCAGAGUUCCUAUCUUGUCUCCUCAAGAACGUACCCAGAUCUCAGAAGAAGAGCCAGAUGAGGAAACUAUAAAGAAACAGGAGGAACUGAAGGAGGCCUAUGCUGUGCUGGCAGCCAGAGAGCAAGAAAUUCUCCUCAUCCAACGUGGCGAGCUGAAGAGCAAGAAAAACACUUCUCACUCGAAGGAAGUUCUACAGGCAGGUUUCCAGAGAUACAUGCAGCUGAUCUAUGGAGAGACCCCUCGGAUCAAGAUUCCCGAGCUGGAGAUGGAUGAACCAGUAGAACAGCAGCUGGAACGACCGUACAUCAGGAAAGGGUUCUUCCCCACCCUGGCUGAACCCAGACCCUGGGAUGAAGUCACCGACGGUGAGAAAGAGGCCAGGGGACUGCCCCACUGGGCAGGGCCCCCGGACGUCCCUAUCGCCCUGGACGGCUUUAUCCCGAACUCAGUGUUCCUCCGCUUGCUCUGGCCGAUGGAACCCUGGCAAGACCUGGGCCAUUCAGAAACGGAGCUGAGGGUUGAGGUGAAGGAGGUGGUGAAGACAGAACUGGAGUUGGAGCAGACGCCAGAUCCAAAGGUGCUGCUGAAGUUGGAGACGCCAGUGUCCUGGGAACUACAGUCCUCAGAUUCGGACCGUUCCCGUGUCUUCAGUGCUACGCCAGAGCCAACAAUGGAGACCAAGCCUCCAAAACAGGAGGAGAAGCUGCAAAUCAGAAGUGACGCACCAGCCCCUCAGGAGCCAAAGGUAAGAAGACUCCCCACUCCAGUGUCCAGGCCCAGUCCACCCCAGCACAGAUCUCUGCCACAGGAGCCAGAAGUCUCGACCUCACCUCCUCUUCCAGUGCCGGUUCAACGAUUCAAGGGGGAGGCCUGGUUUAAUAAAGCCUUUCCCAAUGCAGAUUCCAAGAUGUUCCUGCCAGACCUGACGGAUGAGGGGUUUGUGCUGAUGCUCAUUGACCUGCUGCGGACGGCCGAGUACGAGGUGAAGGAGGAGGUCACCAACGUUCUGGUGGUGCUGCUGCCAUCGCAGCCAGCCGCGGUCUCUCGCUUGGCUCGUGAAACUCUCAUGACCGUCCUCAGUGGGCCCAACCCCCCACAAGCAGAGAUCCGUGAACAGUGGGAAUUUAUCCGUGCAGCUCUGGGGGCACUGAAGCAGCUGGCAACUCACUCCCAGGAGUUCUUCGUGGAGUUAAUGGUCCAGUUCUUGCAGAGUGAUGUCAUUCUCAGAACCACCGUCAGAGCCAUUCUGGAUGAGCUGGGUCUGCAGGACCCCCACAACUACCUGGAGAUGGAGCUGAGCUCUUGGGAAGAUAGAGACCGCCAGGAACUUCGCAAAGUCAGCCGAGCCUGGCUCCGCCAUUGGAUGCAACAGUUCAAGGUGGGACGGAGACAAGGGAAGGCAUCUGUGCUGCGCCUGCCUGCACCCCAGACGCCCAGCUCCCUGGACUCACUGCGUCCCAUAGAGGCCGUCAACUACUUCUGUGAACUGCAGCUGGAGCAGACACUGCAGGAACUGAGGGUGUCCGAGCAGCAACCGGAGGAGGGACAGGAUGUCAGGAACGCUGUACUCUUCCUGCCAAAGAUCACCAGGCACCGACCCAUCAUGAGGCUGGGGGAGACGCAGGAGGCAGUGCCAUCACAGAAGCUGCAGCUGCCCCGCCUCCCACUGCGACCUCUGACCUUUGCCCUAGGCCGUGUCAUCAGGCUGCCCAUGUCAGAGGUCAGCCUCAACCCCUUCCCCUCGGCCCUUGACCGGCUCCCUCCACACAGCCUCCUCACCCUCCGGCGAUCCGGUCAGAAAUACUUUGUCCUGGAGCACUCACUGGUGGGCACCUACUGCUGACCCUCAGCCUGAGUCACACCAUCACCCUUCUCACCGAAUCUGAAUACGCCUCACACCCUGCUGCACGUGUCACAUCACCCGUACACCCCCCUCGCAUGUACACUCCCUCACAACUGUACACCCCCCUCGCUCCUGCAGACCCCUCUACACCUGUGCAACCCCCCUCGCACGUACACCCCCCUCGCACCUGUGCACCCUCUUCGGACCGGUAUACCCCCCCAAUACCUAUGCACGUGUACCA